AUGCUCGUUAGGGACCAGGUGGAAAUCAAAACCGCUCUAUCUAAUAUCAGAUGGAGUCAGAUGGAGUCAGAUGGAGCUAGCCCUGGAUGGAUAACUCUAGAUGGAUCCAGUUACGCACACAACCCCCGUAUCAGAGAGGCUGGACCGGAGCCCCGAACGGCUGAAACCGCUCCUCGGGCGAACAUCUGUGUUAAGACCGAAUAUCGUAACCCUUCUGAGUAG